AAGAGGUAGAAAGAAACAAAGGAAGCAGGGAGAGACAAUGGCUCCCAUGGGUCUUCCGCCAGGCUUCAGAUUCCAUCCCACAGACGAGGAGCUGGUGAAUUACUAUCUCAAGAGGAAGAUCCAUGGUCUCAAGAUCGAGCUGGAAAUAAUCCCAGAAGUGGAUCUCUACAAAUGUGAGCCAUGGGAUUUAGCAGGGAAAUCAUUCUUGCCAAGUAGGGAUCCAGAAUGGUACUUCUUCGGACAACGAGAUCGGAAGUAUCCCAAUGGUUUUCGCACGAACCGCGCAACGAGAGCUGGAUACUGGAAGUCGACCGGGAAGGACCGACGGGUUUGCCAUCAGAAUCGAGCCAUCGGCAUGAAGAAGACAUUGGUCUACUACAAAGGCCGAGCUCCUCAAGGAGUGCGUACCAGCUGGGUGAUGCAUGAGUACCGUCUCGAUGAUAAGGAGUGCGAGGAUACAGUGGGACUUCAGGAUUCAUACGCCCUGUGUCGGGUUUUCAAGAAGACUGUUGCAUGCACAACAGGUGAAGAACAAGGGCAGUGCAGCUCAACGCUGGCGGAGAGCUUGCGAGACUCCAUGGCCGAGAUCGAGACGCACUCACCUGAUAUGCCCCUGGGGUCGUCGUCACUGCGCGUAGAUGAUGACCAUGAUGGCGAUGAUGAAGCAAAGGACGAUAGUUGGAUGCAGUUCAUCAUCGACGAUGCGUGGUGCUCCAACGUAUCAAACAACGACGGCGGCGACGAGCCUUCAUGUGUGGCUGCUGUUGCCAAUUGAUGCUUCGUUCUUCGUUUCUAAAGGCUUCCUAUUGUGGUGAACAUGAUGCACUUGGGGUGUAAUUGUAUUGUAGUAGCAUGUCGAUAAUCUACAUUAAGUAUGUGCUUAAUUAGACUGAUAAGUAAAUGUUCAGCAAGUUUGCAAAGCAUGUAGCUAGAAUUAAUUGGGUGGGAAUUAAAGGAUGUAAAAGAACA